AUGGCAUCAGCGGGAGGUGCAGGACGAGGAGGAGGGAAACGAGAUGGAGGGAAGGGAGAGGGGUCGCUGGCUCGCAGGGCGUGGAGGCAGUACCUGCUCCAGCUCCAGCAACAUCGCUCCGAAGAAAGGUCUUCGCUUUCGCUCAUGUUCUUGGAUUUUAUGAUCACGGCGGGGUGCCUCGCCGGCGUCAGUGACUCCGUCGCGCAGAAGCUCUCCGGGUACCAGAAGAUUGAGAAGCGCAGACUCCUGCUCAAGAUGCUCUUUGGUUUUGCAUAUGGUGGCCCAUUUGGACAUUUCUUGCACAAAAUUUUGGAUUAUAUCUUCCAAGGGAAAAAGGACACCAAAACCAUAGCAAAGAAGAAAUAUGAGAUCAGAGCAAUGCAUCUUGAAUCAUAUUUGAUCCAUACUUAUCCCAUCUUUGAAUGUAGGGAGGCCUUUGAAGGAGGUGACGACCAGGGUAAAGAAACAAUACCCUUCUGUGCAAUUGAGCUCUUGGAUGGGGGAUAUUUAUGA